AAGCACUAUUGUUCCAAAGAUUUCUGACUAUUUCAUGUACAAGUUGGUCAGAAACUGUAACUAUUUUAUUGUGGGAAACCGUAUUUCAAAUCUUUCUCCCCUUGUGCAGAGAAUUCCGGAGGAAUUAACCCUGGAUCUCUAACAUCCCAGAAACCAUUAAAAACUCAGAAAAAGAAAGAGAAUGGAACCGAGAGAUAAAAUAUUAAUCCUAAAAUACUUUCUAAGCAUCUUCAAUGGAAUUUUCUUGGUUUUAGGUCUUAUGCUUAUGAUGUUCAGCGUGUGGCUUCUAAUUGACAGAAACAAUUUAUUCACUGUUUUAUCUUUCACAGGUGAGAACCACUUGGUAGCAUACAUUUCUUAUAUGUUGCUUGGCGUUGGAUCCAUCGUUUUUAUAUCAUUCUUGGGAUUCCUAGGAAUCUUUAAAGAAAUCAGAUGGUUACUAAUUCUGUAUCUGGGACUCAUAGUCUUGCUGUUUGGUGUCCAAGUUGCAAUGCCAGUGCUAAUAUAUACAAGAAAAGAAGAGGUCCAGAUUAUGUGGAAUGACAGAAUUGAUGCAGUUAUUUCUAACUAUGGGAACAAAAAUCUGACUGGAAGAGAACAUGAGUGGGAUAUUCUGAAUGCUGUGCAGAAUACUCUGGAAUGCUGUGGAAGACACAAUUCUACAGACUGGAAAAAGAAUGAAAAUAAAGAACACACAAAUCAGGUCCCAUGUUCAUGUACGAAAUCUAAUAGGGAGGAAUGGUUUUGUGAUGUCCCCGUGAAUGAAGUGUACAUUAAGGGAUGUGACGAGUAUAUUAAAAUGUGGUUUGAAAACAACACUUUGGUCUUAAUUGCAAUUAAUAUUGCACUUCUAACUAUAGAGGGCCUCCUGUUCACGUUAGGUGUAUUGCUGUUCAAAAACAUCAAGAAGAAUAAAAUUUCACUAAAGGAAUAAAGAAAGAUUUUUGGUGUUGUUAUAUUUGCAUAAAUUAUCUAAUAAUUCUUUAAUCUAGAGGUUCCCAAACUUUUCUUAUUGUGUACCCCCUUCCAGCCCUACCAGGUUCCCAUGUACCGCUACCCUUCUCAUCACUGAUACGUUGUGUGUUCUUAAUACUACCAGUCUUUAGCCAUCUGUCCAUAUUUCACUGUUAUGUACAGAUAUAGUGUGACACAUACAACCAAAAAAACCCCUAAAUUCUGAGCUAAGUUAGACUGGAUAGUUGAUGGGCAACUGAACCUGCCCUAUAUGGUGAUUGGAGAUGAGGACAGGGCUGGAUUUACACCUUACUCACUCCUAGACACAGCAUCUUCACUCCCCCCUCCCCCGACUACAGUUGAUCUUUGUGUUGCACACAAUUUUAGAGAGGUAAGGCACCCCUACAAUGCUAGCAUCCCUAGGGUCGUGCCCUAGUAUGUCCGACCCUGGGUGAGGACUCUGUACAUCAGCGUCUUUGUGUAUUUGUGUUCUCAUUGAUACAUCAUGAAGUAAAUUACCUAUCAUAUUUUAUAUAACAAAUUCCCACAGAGUUUUAAAGAUUUGUCUGGGUAGCC